AAACCCUAAAAACCCUUGGAGCUAGGGCAAUGGUGGUGAGGCUGAGGCUCGCGAGAUUUGGGGGCCGCAAUCUCCCAUUCUACCGCAUCUACGCCGCCGAUGCGCGCUCCCCGCGCAAUGGGAGGCAUGUCGAGGUCCUGGGCUACUACAAUCCCUUGCCAGGGCAAGAUGGGCUCAAGCGCAUUGGGAUGAAAAUCGAUAGGAUCAAGUAUUGGAUCUCGGUUGGAGCGCAGCCCACCGAGAUCGUCCAGCAUUUGCUGUGGAAAGUGGGGAUUUUCCCAGCGCCGCCGCGGCCGCAGCUCAUGUCCAAGGACGAGGCCGCCAAGGUUGUCGCGGCGAUGAACGAGGCGGACAAGAAGAAGCGGCAGUUGCUCCAGGAGAAGCGCAACGCGCGGCGGGAGAGGCUAGCGGCGAGGCUGGGAGACGCUUACAAGAAGAAGGAGAGGCCCAGUUCCUCCUCUCCGGAGGAACAAUCCAAGUAGAAGUGGAAGAACGCGGUUAUGACAUUGUGAUGAACAUAAAAGUGACGUGUCAACUUGUGAUUGGAUGUUCUGUC